CGUGGACUUGUCAUUUGUGCGCGUGCGCAGCCCUGCAUGUUUCCCUGCUGCUGCUCCUGCUGCUGUUGAUGUAGCACCUGAAAUGUGAAUGUUUACCUUGAGACAUUUGUCUUUCUUUGUGUGUUUGUAGACUUUGCUUGAGUCACCAUGAAGACAAGAUUCACCACAGUCGAUAUCCGGGCAGUUAUCGCCGAGAUCAAUACCAACUACAUUGGAAUGAGAGUAAACAACGUGUAUGACAUCGACACUAAGACGUAUCUGAUCCGGCUACAAAAGCCUGACAGCAAAGCUGUUCUCCUGGUUGAGUCUGGGACUCGGAUUCACUCGACAGAUUUCGAAUGGCCCAAGAACAUGAUGCCUUCAGGCUUUGCCAUGAAGUGUCGGAAACACCUGAAGACCCGUCGUCUGACCCAGGUUAAGCAACUCGGGAUUGACAGGAUUAUUGACAUCCAGUUUGGCUCUGAUGAAGCUGCCUACCACUUGAUUAUUGAACUAUACGACAGGGGUAACAUCAUACUCGCAGACCACGAGUACACCAUCCUCAAUCUGCUGCGAUUCCGCACUGCAGAGGCAGAGGAUGUGAAGAUUGCCGUGAGAGAGCGCUACCCAGUGGAGAGUGCGAGGCCACCUGAGCCUCUCAUCAGCCUGGAGCGACUCACUGAAAUUCUUAGCAAAGCACCAAAUGGAGAGCAGGUGAAAAGGGUCCUGAAUCCCCACCUUACGUAUGGAGCCACUCUGAUUGAACACAGCUUAAUAGAAGUAGGACUCGCAGGCUCUGUUAAAGUUGACAGUCAAACGGAUGCUGCCCAAGUUGCUCCUAAAAUCCUGGAGGCUCUGCAAAUUGCUGAGACAUACAUGGAGAAAACACAGCACUUCGGUGGCAAAGGUUACAUCGUUCAAAAGAGUGAGAAGAAACCGAGCUUAACUCCUGGCAAACCCAACGAGGAGCUGCUCACGUACGACGAAUUCCACCCAUUCCUCUUCACGCAGCAUGCAAAGAGUCCAUAUUUGGAGUUUGAUACUUUUGACAAGGCAGUGGAUGAGUUCUUUUCAAAGAUGGAAAGCCAGAAGAUCGACAUGAAAGCCUUGCACCAGGAAAAACAGGCCAUGAAGAAGUUGGAAAAUGUGAAGCGGGACCAUGAGCAGAGGCUGGAGGCCUUGCACCAAGCACAGGAGGUGGACAGAAUUAAAGGUGAACUGGUGGAGAUGAAUCUGCCCGUGGUGGAGAGGGCGCUGCAGGUGGUGCGCAGCGCGUUGGCCAAUCAGGUGGACUGGACAGAGAUCGGCAUCAUCGUCAAGGAAGCGCAGGCCGCCGGUGACCCCGUGGCCUGUGCCAUCAAGGACCUGAAGCUGCAGACGAACCAUAUCACCAUGCUUUUAAAAAACCCGUAUAUUUCUGAGGAAGACCAGGAAGAGGAGGAGAAGAAAGAUGUGGUGGAAGAAAAAGGGAAGAAAAACAAGAACAAAGACAAAGGACAGAGCAAGAAGCCGCAGAGGAACAAGCCCAUGUUGGUGGAUGUGGAUCUUGGUCUGUCAGCGUAUGCUAAUGCUAAAAGGUACUACGACUACAAACGCACUGCAGAAAAGAAAGAACAGAAAACUAUUGAAGCAGCAGGCAAGGCAAUGAAAUCUGCAGAGAAAAAAACCCAGCAGACUCUGAAGGAAGUCCAGACAGUGACCACCAUUCAGAAAGCCAGGAAAGUCUACUGGUUUGAGAAGUUCCUCUGGUUCAUCAGCUCAGAAAAUUACCUCGUCAUUGCAGGAAGGGACCAGCAGCAAAACGAGAUGAUUGUCAAACGCUACCUCCGGGCCGGUGACGUCUAUGUUCACGCUGACCUCCACGGAGCAACUAGCUGCGUCAUCAAAAACCCCUCAGGUGAUCCCAUCCCCCCUCGCACGCUGACGGAGGCCGGCACUAUGUCUGUGUGCUACAGUGCUGCAUGGGACGCCAAAAUCAUCACCAGUGCUUGGUGGGUCCAUCAUCAUCAGGUGUCUAAGACGGCUCCCACUGGAGAAUACCUGACCACUGGAAGUUUCAUGAUCAGAGGGAAGAAAAACUUUCUGCCGCCUUCUUACUUGAUCAUGGGCUUUGGAUUCCUCUUCAAGGUAGAUGAACUGAGCGUGUUUCGGCACAAAGGGGAGAGAAAGGUGAAGACUCUGGAGGAAGACAUGGAGGAGGUCACAUCCAGAGCUGCCGAGCUGUUGGAGGAGGGAGAGGAGCUGAUCGGUGACGACAGCAGUAAUGAAGAUCAGGCCGAGGAUAGAGCGGAAGGAGAUGGAGAGAAGAAGGAGAUUAAAAAGGAAAACGACACCGACGACGUGAGCGGAGAACAGGACGGCGUUUCUGAGGCAGAGGAGGACAGAGAGGACAGCGGGGUGGAAAAUGAGAAUGUGGAGAGUGAAGAAUUCAGCUUUCCAGAUACGACCAUCUCCCUCCCUCAUCUACAGCCCAGCAGAAAUAUUCAGAACCCUGGUUUCAAAAAGGAAACGAGCGCUCAGGCCGAGAUGAACUCACAGGGGAGGAAACACAUGACUGCCAAACAGAGAAGAGACGGGAAGAAGAAGAAACCGAAACAGGAAGAUUGUGACACUGAGGAAACUGACGUUUCAUCCAGUGGACCAGCAGCUGACCUGGGGCCCAGAGGUGGAGGAGGAGGAGGAGGAGGCAGUGGAGGUGGUGGUGGAGGAGGAGGCUCCUCACAGCAGCCUCUGAAGAGAGGUCAAAAGAACAAACUGAAGAAGAUUAAAGAGAAAUACAAAGACCAGGAUGAAGAGGACAGAGAGCUGAUGAUGCAGCUGCUCGGGUCAGCUGGCCCAACAAAGGAGGAGAAGGAUAAGGGGAAGAAAGGAAAGAAGGGGAAAGGUAAAGACGAGCCUGUGAGGAAACCGCCUGCUCAGAAACCACCACUGAAGCCUCGUCACACCGAAGCGGCGGCAAAGAAGCCGGCGCAGGCAGGAGGAGAGCAGGGUGAGGAGGGCAGGCCGCCCGGAGAGGAGGGAGCUCCUGCUGAGGAGGACAAGGAGGAAGAUGUGGACCAGGACAACCCUGGAGCUGAGGAAGCAGAGAAUCUGCUCACGUCUCUAAGUGGCCAGCCGCAUCCGGAGGAUGUGCUGCUGUUUGCUGUGCCUGUCUGCGCUCCAUACACUGCCCUCUCCAACUACAAACACAAAGUUAAACUGACUCCAGGUUCACAGAAGAAGGGCAAAGCUGCACGCACUGCUGUCCUCAGCUUUAUGAAAGCCAAAGAGGCCUCGACCAGAGAAAAGGACCUGUUCCGCAGUGUCAAGGACAUGGACUUAUUCCGAAACAUGCCAGGGAAAGUUAAAGUGUCCGCUCCAAACCUGCUGGCUGCCAAGAAGAAAUAACAGACAUGUCAAAACAUACCAAAUGUGGUCUGAAGACACAGGAGUGAAGGAGUGCCACGAGCGGCCUACAGGACACUGCUGAGGAAUGCUCCUACAGGAUGGCGGGGAGAAAAAAAAAGACAUUCCAGAUGGUGCUGAAUGGCACAGUGAGCGUCAUUCAGAAGGAAAACUGUUUUUUUAUGUAAUAGAAUGAUUUACCUUAUUAGUUAUAUUUACUAACUCAGGGACAAAACCCUUAAAUGCAUCAUGUAUUCAAGGAGUUUAUUAAUUGGGUCCUAUUUGUCUGGGAUUAAACCUGUAUUCAAUUUCA